AAAUUAAUCACUUUCAUUGAGCAAAGAACACAACAAGGACGAGAAAUGGCAGAUUGGGGGCCAGUUUUUGUGGCUGUCAUUCUGUUUGUUUUGCUAACACCUGGGCUGCUUUUCCAGCUUCCUGGAAAUCGAAGGUGCUUGGAGUUCGGCAACUUUCACACCAGCGCUGCUGCUAUCGUCGUUCAUUCUCUUCUCUACUUCGGUCUCAUUUGCGUCUUCUUGCUCGCCAUCAAGGUUCAUCUCUACAUUGGUUAAUCGAGCUUCACCUCUACUUUUGUUCGUUUCUAAUUCUUCCACCAAAUGCAUAGUCACUUCAACUUUGU